AUGCUUGCUUCAGAAUUACCCUUUGAAAUCAUACUAUGCAUUGCGAGGUUUCUUCCGAUCGAAAGCAAGCGGUGCUGCGCGAAUGUUUGCAAAUCAUGGAAAGCACCCUUUAAAAGCAUGUUAUGGGACAGCAUUACAAUAAAGAAUACAAAGGAAAUGAAAAACAUAUGCGAUCCUGCGCAUUCUCGACACAAGCCAUUCAAAAGCAAUGGCAAACGCACACGCUCAUUGACAUUGGAUCGUGACGUUACAACAAGCCAUGUUCAAUUUACACAUCUUCAGAAACUCCUUCCAAAUAUUCGAUGUCUAUAUAUUGAACAUCUUUGUCUGUCAAUUCCUGAUCUUGGUAAACUAAACUGGAAGCCUUGGAAAUCUUUGACAGUACUUGGACUCAAGCUUUCACAAAUGGAAAGUCCCGGUGAGAAGGAUAGACUCCUAGAAAUUUUGUCUUUCUUGCCAUGUCUGGUAAAAUUGGAUCUAGCGGAAACCUGUAUGCCUUGGGGUAAAAACCGUGGCCCCAAUAAUCUUGAUAAGCUACACAGUUAUUUGCCGCGUCUAUCAAGUCUAUCAAUAUACGUUAACCACACUGAUUUUGACGAUGACGAUUAUGAUCCAACAGCAAUGAUAGAACCAGCAAUAAACUUAACCGAGUUAAACGUGACUGGCCCGGGAAUUCACCUUCUGUGGUACAUAAUACGCAAAUAUCCAAAUCUACGUUCUCUGAAGACACUAUCGCUUGAAAAGGGGUACAGCAGUAAUUUUGAUCCGCAAAAACUUAUUUAUGCUCUUGGUACACUUUCUCAUGGAUUUUCAUUUUUGAGAAAUAUUGGAAUAGCGACAAAAACCUCGACAAAAUAUCAUCUAGAAAUAUGGAAGCAGAUUUCCUUGCUAAAUAUCAAGCUGAGGAACAUCGGCCUUGACCUUGGACGGGGUGAUCGAUAUAAAGAAGAAGAUUCUGAAACUACAUUUUAUCGAAUUGUUACACCACACGCAAAUAUUGUAGAAAGUCUAUGUAUCAAUAUGAAAGACGAAUUUAUGUCGCCCCGGAUAUUCAUGCCACUUUACAGUUUACAAUGUUACCCCUGCCUUGUUAGCUUAUACCUUGAAAUUCAUAAUGCGUCUUAUUGUCUUGACGUUAUAUUGAAUUCAUGUCCGGAACUGAGAACACUAAGCUUCUCUAACGCAUGGCUUUAUAUUAGUCCAGGCGGUUCAGCAAACGAUCCCAAACAUGGAUUAAAACAUAUAGAUUUGAUGCUGGUCGAUGUAUAUACUUCCGUACUAGGUUACCUAUCUUACCGUUGCAGGGACUUGGAACACAUGUCAUUGGACAGUGCAAUAAUUUUCGAUACAUUUUCAAAAGGCCCAGAGAAACUUUGCAUCGACAUGUCAUACACUUGCUUCAAAUAUCUACUUAUACGUUGCAUUGGAUUCGGAAAACCUAGAUCUGACUUGUAUAAAAAAGGAGAUGUCAGCAUUAUGGUUCUUUCUGAGUCCACGAUUGACCCUCAGUUAAAAAAUAAGAAGAGAUCCAAAGCAAUUGUUAAUAACAAUGCCCUUUCGAAAGCACCCAUCAAAAACACCUGGUACUAUAUAUCCUAUGCAGAAGAAACUAGCGGCGGCACGUUCUCUUUUAUGUGGAAACUUCGGAAGCAUGAGAUUGAAUUUGCUCGUAAACAUUUCAACCUACCUUUGGACAACAAAAACUCCUAUGAAAUCGAUGAUUGUACCGGUCCAAUGGAACACUAUCCGGGCCGUAGGGCUUUCCUUAAACGCCGUAGAGCAAAGCAAAGAGAGUUCUUGGAUCCCGAUAGCGACAUUGUAGAAUGCAGCAGAUGCUAUAACAACUAUGAAUGUGAAGGAUCUGACUGUAGUGAUAACGACUUUCAUGACAGUUCCCGCAAGUUUUUAAAAAAAAGGGAUUUUUAUGAUAUUACAGGAAGUUUCAAAAAAGGCAACCAACAUACUGACCGUAGAGAGCGAUGGGAAAAAGAUGUACCAGAUGGUUAUGUCACAUUUAAAUGCGGUUAUAUAGAACAAUAUAAAUCUGAUACAUAA